AUGUUCCUUGAUGUCUCUGCUGUAGAUGCUGAGGUUAUCUGCAGUUAUGAGGAUGUUUUGAGACAGCUGAACCUGUCCAAAAAGAUGGAGCUGUACACCAUGGCCCGACCUGUAAGAGAUUACAAAACAACCACACGGGUACACCUCCAAAUGUCUAUCUAUGGCAUUCUGGAUGUGAGAGAGAAAGACCAGGCUUUCGUUCCUUACGUUUGGAUUUAUAUGGGCUGGAAAAAUGAUCAGCUUGGUUGGCAUCCACCUAACUUUUGUGGACUCGAACAAGUAGUAGUACCUACUGAAGUAUUGUGGAGGCCAGAUCUAACUAUUGAAGAGAUGACAGAGAAAGACAAGGCCCCGCCAACUCCUUUUCUCACCAUAACAUGGGAUGGUCGUGUGGAAUAUAGGAAUGACCAGGUGCUGGUCAGCACGUGCAGGAUGCAAGUUUACAAAUUUCCUUUCGACGUUCAGAGCUGCAGCCUCUCUUUCAAGUCUGUCGUAUACUCUGAUAAAGAACUAAAGUUUGAAGCCAUCCUUGAUGCUUCAAAAAUCACAGACUGGUCUCGUGAAGUGAUGCGGACUCAGUAUGAGUGGCUGUUCAUCAACAUGACUGUCAAAGAGAAAACUGUCAACAAUUUUAGCUACAACCAAAGCAUGAUCGUUUACACUAUCAAGAUGAGGAGGCGGUCUGUCCUCUACAUUGCCAACUUCUUGCUACCCAUCCUGUUCUUCUUCUGUCUGGACUUGGCCUCCUUCCUCAUCUCGGACACAGGGGGCGAGAAGCUCAGCUUCAAGGUCACUGUGCUGCUUGCUGUCACUGUGAUGCAGCUUAUUCUCAAUGAAAUUCUGCCUGCCUCUUCAGACAGGAUUCCACUUAUAGCGGUCUACUGUAUUGGGAUGUUUGGUCUGAUGCUGCUGAGCCUCCUGGAGACGAUUUUGGUGAUGUAUCUGAUAGAGAAAGACUCUACAUCCCAAGACAACAAGGCAAAUAAUGUCCAAAGCUUGAGUGAGGACUGUGGAGGUAAAUGGAGCAAAGACGACAUACACAGCUGUGAUGGAGAGGUGAAGAAAUGGAAUCACUGUGCCUGUGUCUGUGAUGUGUCUGCUGACGAACCUCCAUCUGAACUGUUGUCUGUGGCCAAAGAGGGAAGCAGCAGCCAUCUCAAGGAGGAAGGCCAGGACUUGGAGAACAUCUCAGAUGAGCUGAGGGAGAUGGUGAAAACACUGAUUCAGCUCCUCGACAGCAGGAAGGAAGAAAACAAGCCCGGCUACUGGACCAGAGUGACUAAAAUAAUCAACAAAGUUUUCUUCAUUUUCUAUGCCACAGCUUCCAGUCUGUUUUUAAUUGUUAUCUUUUCAAUAUGGAACACUGCAGCAGAUGAGUAGAGGUAAUGUUUACAAACACGA